AUGCAGCAGCAAGGGUCCAGCCCCUAUGCACCUGCGGGAUAUCAAGUUUUCCGCAACGUGAAGGAUUAUGGAGCCAAGGGCGACGGAGUGACCGAUGAUACAGCGGCAAUCAACAAGGCCAUUUCAGACGGCGAUCGCUGUGGUGCUGACUGUGGAUUAAGUACUGUAUAUCCUGCCAUCGUUUUCUUCCCUGGUGACCCAAGGGUUUGCGGACCUGGAGAAUCAGUGGCUUCCGCAGAAGGGCACCCAGCUCGGAGCUAA